AUGCUUCUUUGGGGAAGAGAAGAUAUUUUAAGCACGCUAUACGAUGCAGAAGCUCCUGUCACAAUCUUGAUAGAAAAAAGAGGUCAUUCAAGUGGUCGCUCCUCGAGUUCUUCGAGCUCCGCAAGUAAAGGUGGCUCUUCGUCUGGAUCCUCAAGCUCGUCGACAAAAGGCGGCUCAUCAGGCUCAAACUCGGCCACCAAAGGAGGAAGCUCAGGUUCUUCAGGUUCAUCAGGUUCAUCAGGUUCAUCUGGUUCAUCAGGCUCGAACUCGGCCACCCAAGGAGGCUCCUCUGGCUCAUCAAGUUCAAGUUCCAACAACAAUGGUAACAACGGAUAUGGUAACAACGGAUACAGCGGUGGAAAUGGUGCUGCAGUUGGUGCCGCUGGAGGUGCAGCCGCUGGUCUCGCUGCAUCUGGCGCCCACGGAAGUGCCAAUAACCAAAACCACCACCACGGCAAUAAAUUAUUAUACUUGCUCUUCUUGCUUUUUUUGAUCCCAAUAUUCAUAUUUAUUGCCUGGUUCAUCUACAAGAGGAGAAAAAGAACUAGACAGAAUCGGCCACUACAACAACAACAACACCUACAACAGCAGCAGAAGCAGUACGCGCGGGAUCUCGAAAAUGGACACCAUUCUUCAGAUGAACAAGUUGAAGAAUCUAAGUUCAGCAAUGACACGGAUUACGUUCCUCCUCCCUACCCGCCGAGUCAGGUCCAGAACACAAGCCCAAUCCAAAGCCUCCACAAGGACCACAACCACAGCUAUGGGGGUGACGCUACUGGACGUGGUGGGCAUGAUCAUACUACAGUUAAUGACAGUUAUUCUGGGCAUGGCCACUCGAAUAAUGAUGUUGGCGACACUACUGAUAAUACAGGUUAUUGA